GCCCCACCCCCUCUGCCCGUUCCCCUGCACACUCAGUCCGGCCUCCUCCUGCCCCCACACUCAGCCCGGAGGGGACUCAGCGUUUCCACCGCUGCUUUCUAGCCCUUUAAAUCCUAGAGGCAAACUUUUGGGGGAUAAGAAAGGCUUGGAGGGCCCUGUGCCAAAACCCUCUCUGCCUGGGGACUGGGUGGUGAUUCCGCUUCUGCCUGGGCUCCCAUCAUGGCCCCGGAGAGGGGCUGACACUUUAGCUCCCGGUGCAGGUGAGAUCCCGCCCCGAGGAACAAGGAAGAAGGCGCGGGCCGAGGAUUAGGAGGCGGAGGCGAACUCGGAGCCGGGGAACCAGGGUCCGGGCUGGAGCCGGAGUGGUGAGCGCGCGCCUGGCCCGCUCUGGGAGGACCGCGAGAUGCCCGUGCUGAAGCAGCUGGGCCCCGCGCAGCCCAAGAAGCGGCCGGAUCGCGGCGCCCUGUCCAUCUCCGCGCCGCUCGGCGACUUCCGGCACACGCUGCACGUGGGGCGCGGCGGCGACGCCUUCGGGGACACCUCGUUCCUGAGCCGCCACGGCGGCGGGCCGCCCCAGCCACGAGCGCCCCCCGCGGGAGCCCCGCGCUCCCCGCCGCCGCCCGCCGUCCCGCAGCCCGCCGCGCCUGCCCUCUGCACGCCCGCGCCGGCCGACCCUCUGCUGUCCUUCCACCUGGAUCUGGGGCCCUCCAUGCUGGACGCGGUGCUAGGCGUCAUGGACGCAGAGCGCCCCGACGCGGCUGCCGCCAAGCCCGACGCGGAACCCCGCUCCGGGACGCAGCGCCCCAAGGCCUGCUGCCGCCCCAACGCGGACCUGGAGCUGGACGACGUCAUCGGCCUCUAGGCUCCCCGCUUCCCCUCCCUUCCCGCGCUGCGCCCCACUUCCAUAUACAUAAACGGCCAAGUGUGUGCCCGG